UAUAAAGUCCUAGCAUCAAGGAGUGUAUUCAGUAUGCGUAAUAAAAAAUAUAUAUAUAAUAUCCUCCAAGCAUUGUCUUGCAAUUGAACAUUGUUUUCUGGCAUCCAGAUGCAAAUCCAAUCAUUGCUUAUCCUAUGUCCCUGAAUGGAUCUUGGAGUGUAUCAUUGUGGAUGAAAAGUCCUAGAUUAUAUGAACAUUUGAGAAAGUGCAAGAUUCUUAUACUAUGUCGUAACACCCUCCAGAAAUACCUAAGAUGUUUUAAAAGUGGAUUUGGUUUUAACAAAAAACUAUUUGAUACACUGAAGGAGAAAGUUAAAGCAUUGGAUGAAAAGCAUUAGAAAAUUGGAUGAUUCGAUGAAUGGUAGAAUAUUGGUAGAUGAACUAAAACUAUCAGAACAUUUUCACAUGGCAUCCUCCAGUGAUAUUGAAGGGUUUGUAGAUUUGGAUGAUUACACACUAGAAAACAUGAAAACUGCAGCAAGUGAUCAUGGCAUGGUAAUGUACCAAACAUUAACAGGAAACUGGCAACAAAUUGUGGGAGUUUUUCCACACAUGAAAAUAUAUCUGGUAAAAAUAAGUAAAUAUAAUAGAGAACUGUUGUCAAUAAUUCUUUUAAAAGCUGUGGCACUGCUAGAAAGAUUUGGUUUAAUGGUAGAUUUUAUUACAUGUGAUGGUACAACAUGGAAUAGAAACAUGUGGAGUCAGUUUGGGAUUGGCUAUAAAUCACUAUCCAAACAGUAUCAAGUAAAAAAAAUAAGAAAAGAACUCUGCUUACCAUUCUUAUUUUCACAUUUCUGCAUAUGGGUAGUUAUUUGUAACAUAUUGCCUUUCAACCCACAAUUAGAGCACAUAUGCAGUACAUCAGAAACAUCGAUAUUGUUGGACGUCAUUUUCUUAACGAAGUAAACCAACUCUUUCCUUCG